CAACUACUACAACAACAACAACAGAAACAACUACAACAACAACUACAACAACAGAAACAACAACUACAACAACAGACACAACAACAACUACAACAGAAACAACCUCGUCUACGCCUGUGCCUACAACUUCAACAACAACAUUGCUCGCUCCAGACUGCCCCGAAUGUGGCCUUGUGAACCGAGCCACCCGUAUCGUGGGCGGAUUUGAGACGGAAGUCAAUGAAUACCCGUGGAUGGUGUCCCUGGUCGACGGUGCUCAACUUUAUCACUUCUGCGGCGGAUCUAUCAUUUCUGAUGAAUGGGUCGUCACUGCUGCCCACUGCGCCGUCGGCAUGAGCAAUUCAGACUGGGUGUUGUAUGGCGACCAUAAUUUGUACAUCACGAGUGAUGCCGCAGCUAUGGCAACCAACAUUGCUGAGAUCAAGAUUCAUCCUGAUUAUAACAGUAAUACGUAUGACAACGACAUUGCUCUUCUCAAACUUGCCAAUGCAAUUGAGUUCCCAGAUGACAACCGAAUUGCUCCUGUGUGCCUUCCAACAGCUGGUGAAAUGUAUGCUAAUGUUGAUGCUACAAUCACAGGAUGGGGAGCCCAAGAACAGGGAGGAUCCACAUCUGCCGUGCUCUACGAAGUGACUGUACCGACCAUGACAAACGCAGCUUGUGAUACCAUGUAUAGUGGACAGAUAACUGCCAAUAUGAUCUGUGCAGGUGUCCCCGAGGGAGGCAAAGAUUCUUGUCAGGGUGAUUCUGGCGGCCCGAUGAUUGUAGAAGAAAACGGCAAGUGGAAGCUGGUAGGAGUUGUGUCAUGGGGCUAUGGCUGUGCCCAGCCUAAUAGUCCUGGAGUCUACGCCAGAGUUACACAGUAUUUGAAUUGGAUUUCUGAAUCAACAACUGGCGUGUGUUCAAUUGACACAUCACCUGUACCACCAACCCCUACAUCGCCUCCUCCACCUCCUCCAACCCCUGAACCUACAUCACCUUCCGAUUGCCCCGAAUGUGGCCUUGUGAACCGAGCCACCCGUAUCGUGGGCGGAUUUGAGACGGAAGUCAAUGAAUACCCGUGGAUGGUGUCCCUGGUCGACGGUGCUCAACUUUAUCACUUCUGCGGCGGAUCUAUCAUUUCUGAUGAAUGGGUCGUCACUGCUGCCCACUGCGCCGUCGGCAUGAGCAAUUCAGACUGGGUGUUGUAUGGCGACCAUAAUUUGUACAUCACGAGUGAUGCCGCAGCAAUGGCAACCAACAUUGCUGAGAUCAAGAUUCAUCCUGAUUAUAACAGUAAUACGUAUGACAACGACAUUGCUCUUCUCAAACUUGCCAAUGCAAUUGAGUUCCCAGAUGACAACCGAAUUGCUCCUGUGUGCCUUCCAACAGUUGGUGAAAUGUAUGCUAAUGUUGAUGCUACAAUCACAGGAUGGGGAGCCCAAGAACAGGGAGGGUCCACAUCUGCCGUACUGUACGAAGUGACUGUACCGACCAUGACAAAUGCAGCUUGUGAUACCAUGUAUAGUGGACAGAUAACUGCCAAUAUGAUCUGUGCAGGUGUCCCCGAGGGAGGCAAAGAUUCUUGUCAGGGUGAUUCUGGCGGCCCGAUGAUUGUAGAAGAAAACGGCAAGUGGAAGCUGGUAGGAGUUGUGUCAUGGGGCUAUGGCUGUGCCCAGCCUAAUAGUCCUGGAGUCUACGCCAGAGUUACACAAUAUUUGAAUUGGAUUUCUGAAUCAACAACUGGCGUGUGUUCAAUUGACACAUCACCUGCACCACCAACCCCUACAUCGCCUCCUCCACCUCCUCCAACCCCUGAACCUACAUCACCUUCCGAUUGCCCCGAAUGUGGCCUUGUGAACCGAGCCACCCGUAUCGUGGGCGGAUUUGAGACGGAAGUCAAUGAAUACCCGUGGAUGGUGUCGCUGGUCAACGGUGCUCAACUUUAUCACUUCUGCGGCGGAUCUAUCAUUUCUGAUGAAUGGGUCGUCACUGCUGCCCACUGCGCCGUCGGCAUGAGCAAUUCAGACUGGGUGUUGUAUGGCGACCAUAAUUUGUACAUCACGAGUGAUGCCGCAGCAAUGGCAACCAACAUUGCUGAGAUCAAGAUUCAUCCUGAUUAUAACAGUAAUACGUAUGACAACGACAUUGCUCUUCUCAAACUUGCCAAUGCAAUUGAGUUCCCAGAUGACAACCGAAUUGCUCCUGUGUGCCUUCCAACAGCUGGUGAAAUGUAUGCUAAUGUUGAUGCUACAAUCACAGGAUGGGGAGCCCAAGAACAGGGAGGAUCCACAUCUGCCGUACUGUACGAAGUGACUGUACCGACCAUGACAAACGCAGCUUGUGAUACCAUGUAUAGUGGACAGAUAACUGCCAAUAUGAUCUGUGCAGGUGUCCCCGAGGGAGGCAAAGACUCUUGUCAGGGUGACUCUGGCGGCCCGAUGAUUGUAGAAGAAAACGGCAAGUGGAAGCUGGUAGGAGUUGUGUCAUGGGGUUAUGGCUGUGCCCAGCCUAAUAGUCCUGGAGUCUACGCUAGAGUUACACAAUAUUUGAAUUGGAUUUCUGAAUCAACAACUGGCGUGUGUUCAAUUGACACAUCACCUGCACCACCAACCCCUACAUCGCCUCCUCCACCUCCUCCAACCCCUGAACCUACAUCACCUUCCGAUUGCCCCGAAUGUGGCCUUGUGAACCGAGCCACCCGUAUCGUGGGUGGAUUUGAGACGGAAGUCAAUGAAUACCCGUGGAUGGUGUCCCUGGUCGACGGUGCUCAACUUUAUCACUUCUGCGGCGGAUCUAUCAUUUCUGAUGAAUGGGUCGUCACUGCUGCCCACUGCGCCGUCGGCAUGAGCAAUUCAGACUGGGUGUUGUAUGGCGACCAUAAUUUGUACAUCACGAGUGAUGCCGCAGCUAUGGCAACCAACAUUGCUGAGAUCAAGAUUCAUCCUGAUUAUAACAGUAAUACGUAUGACAACGACAUUGCUCUUCUCAAACUUGCUAAUGCAAUUGAGUUCCCAGAUGACAACCGAAUUGCUCCUGUGUGCCUUCCAACAGCUGGUGAAAUGUAUGCUAAUGUUGAUGCUACAAUCACAGGAUGGGGAGCCCAAGAACAGGGAGGAUCCACAUCUGCCGUACUGUACGAAGUGACUGUACCGACCAUGACAAACGCAGCUUGUGAUACCAUGUAUAGUGGACAGAUAACUGCCAAUAUGAUCUGUGCAGGUGUCCCCGAGGGAGGCAAAGACUCUUGUCAGGGUGACUCUGGCGGCCCGAUGAUUGUAGAAGAAAACGGCAAGUGGAAGCUGGUAGGAGUUGUGUCAUGGGGCUAUGGCUGUGCCCAGCCUAAUAGUCCUGGAGUCUACGCCAGAGUUACACAAUAUUUGAAUUGGAUUUCUGAAUCAACAACUGGCGUGUGUUCAAUUGACACAUCACCUGCACCACCAAACCCUACAUCGCCUCCUCCACCUCCUCCAACCCCUGAACCUACAUCACCUUCCGAUUGCCCCGAAUGUGGCCUAGUGAACCGAGCCACCCGUAUCGUGGGUGGAUUUGAGACGGAAGUCAAUGAAUACCCGUGGAUGGUGUCGCUGGUCAACGGUGCUCAACUUUAUCACUUCUGCGGCGGAUCUAUCAUUUCUGAUGAAUGGGUCGUCACUGCUGCCCACUGCGCCGUCGGCAUGAGCAAUUCAGACUGGGUGUUGUAUGGCGACCAUAAUUUGUACAUCACGAGUGAUGCCGCAGCAAUGGCAACCAACAUUGCUGAGAUCAAGAUUCAUCCUGAUUAUAACAGUAAUACGUAUGACAACGACAUUGCUCUUCUCAAACUUGCCAAUGCAAUUGAGUUCCCAGAUGACAACCGAAUUGCUCCUGUGUGCCUUCCAACAGCUGGUGAAAUGUAUGCUAAUGUUGAUGCUACAAUCACAGGAUGGGGAGCCCAAGAACAGGGAGGGUCCACAUCUGCCGUACUGUACGAAGUGACUGUACCGACCAUGACAAAUGCAGCUUGUGAUACCAUGUAUAGUGGACAGAUAACUGCCAAUAUGAUCUGUGCAGGUGUCCCCGAGGGAGGCAAAGAUUCUUGUCAGGGUGACUCUGGCGGCCCGAUGAUUGUAGAAGAAAACGGCAAGUGGAAGCUGGUAGGAGUUGUGUCAUGGGGCUAUGGCUGUGCCCAGCCUAAUAGUCCUGGAGUCUACGCCAGAGUUACACAAUAUUUGAAUUGGAUUUCUGAAUCAACAACUGGCGUGUGUUCAAUUGACACAUCACCUGCACCACCAAACCCUACAUCGCCUCCUCCACCUCCUCCAACCCCUGAACCUACAUCACCUUCCGAUUGCCCCGAAUGUGGCCUAGUGAACCGAGCCACCCGUAUCGUGGGUGGAUUUGAGACGGAAGUCAAUGAAUACCCGUGGAUGGUGUCGCUGGUCAACGGUGCUCAACUUUAUCACUUCUGCGGCGGAUCUAUCAUUUCUGAGGAAUGGGUCGUCACUGCUGCCCACUGCGCCGUCGGCAUGAGCAAUUCAGACUGGGUGUUGUAUGGCGACCAUAAUUUGUACAUCACGAGUGAUGCCGCAGCUAUGGCAACCAACAUUGCUGAGAUCAAGAUUCAUCCUGAUUAUAACAGUAAUACGUAUGACAACGACAUUGCUCUUCUCAAACUUGCUAAUGCAAUUGAGUUCCCAGAUGACAACCGAAUUGCUCCUGUGUGCCUUCCAACAGCUGGUGAAAUGUAUGCUAAUGUUGAUGCUACAAUCACAGGAUGGGGAGCCCAAGAACAGGGAGGAUCCACAUCUGCCGUGCUCUACGAGGUGACUGUACCGACCAUGACAAACGCAGCUUGUGAUACCAUGUAUAGUGGACAGAUAACUGCCAAUAUGAUCUGUGCAGGUGUCCCCGAGGGAGGCAAAGAUUCUUGUCAGGGUGAUUCUGGUGGGCCAAUGGUAGUUGAAGAAAACGGCAAGUGGAAGCUGGUAGGCGUUGUGUCAUGGGGUUAUGGCUGUGCUCAACCUAAUAGCCCCGGAGUUUACGCUAGAGUUACAAAAUACCUGGACUGGAUUGCGACUUCGACCGGUGGCAUCUGCACUACCUAGCUCGCCAUCGCUAUCCAGAUAAUCCAACUUAUUCACAGAGUUUAUGAAGGGAGUCGUAGUCAAUUCACAGCAAUUGCAUGCGGAAGACCGGAUCAAAUUUCAAACUCGGGAGUUUUUACUAAGUCAUUUCGUGUCGAGUUUACCCGGCUUUUCAAGGGUCUAGGUGGCAAGGGUUUCCUGUUUCGUCUCUGCUCGUUUCGAAAAAUAAAGAAUUGUUGAAUUCGUAAGAAUUACAUGGCGCUUCCGAA